UGUUUACAUCAUGGCGAACAACAGAGGUGAAACUUUGGAAGAGAAGUUAGAAGAUUUAAAGAUACAGGAAGGAGAAAAUGCUUCAGCAAACCAUCAUACUAUAGAACUAGACCAUGAAACAUUCACUAGACCUGGUGCACAAUUAUCUGAUAAGCAAAAAUUUACAAAUAAGAAAGGUCAAACGAUCACUGGCUAUCCGGUAAUUGUUGACUUUCGAAGACUAUUGCAGUUGAGCAUUGGACACUCUGAAGAAAGUCAAAAAGAACAUGGAAUCAUACAUGGGAUAUCAAACAAGGACUUGUUACAUGCUGUUAUUGGGCUGUACGAUGUUUCCCUGUCAGAGAUGACACCAGAUGUAUUGUAUUCAACCGUCUGUGAGAAAUGGGCCAGGACCAUUGUCCUUGUGAGGGACUUACAAGAGACAAUAGAUGAAUUAGAGGAAAAGAGAAAGCAUGAACCUCAGGAACCUCGAGAGGAGAAAGAAGAUAUUGAGGAUGACGAAGGGGAAAAGGGAAGUGUCAAGGGGAGUGAACUCUCGGCAGAUGAAGAUGUGUAUGAGGAAGAUGAGGAGCAGCCGAGCAAGUUUGCUGAGGUGUACAGUGAUACAGAAUCUGAGGCCGGCGAAGAGGAGGAGGGAGAAGAUGAAGAAGAAGACUUUUCCAAGGGCAUUAACUCUUUCAUUACUAAGGUUACUGAUAGACGGAAGGUGCGCAAGUCAUCAGAGGGACCAGUUACUAAAGAUAUGGUCGGGGUAGAAAAUAGAAUAAUAGGAUGUGCUACGUUUGAAAAGAAAUAUGUUAAACAUAGGGACAGGGUAAUACAUCUUACUUUGGUCAGUGUACGCAAGAGAUGUCGUAACUUUGGCAUAGGAAAAUUUCUACUCUCACAAGUGGUUGAGCCAAAAGUUGUAGGUAAUUAUGAUGCUGUGGUUGUCCAUGCUGAUAAUGAAGCUGUAGACUUCUUCCAGAAGUUUGGAUUCUCUGAUGAUAUUGUUCUCAAUAGCAGGUGGAGAGAGUUAGCAGAACAAUUCACAAACUGCACACUAAUUGUUACUUCAGUUCCAGUAUCAAUGCAGUUCACAAACCGCACACUGAUGUGUUACUUGCCAGGAUUCUCGGGUAUGUUAGCAAUGCAGUUCACAAACUGCACACUGAUGUGUUACUUGCCAGGAUUCUCAGGUAUGUUAGCAAUGCAGUUCACAAACUGCACACUGAUGUGUUACUUGCCAGGAUUCUCAGGUAUGUUAGCAAUGCAGUUCACAAACUGCACACUGAUGUGUUACUUGCCAGGAUUCUCAGGUAUGUUAGCAAUGCAGUUCACAAACUGCACACUAAUGUGUUACUUGCCAGGAUUCUCAGGUCAUAGACUUUUAACAUCAAUAAAGAUACCUGGAUUAGAAAUGUAUGAACUAGAACAAGAAUUUCUAAAAUGGAAAGAAAAGACACUAGAAGUUUAUCAACAACAAGUUACAUGUAUGAUGAGAAUGAAACAGGAGGUGAUGCAGCUCAAAUACACGACAGCCACUCAAGAUAAGUUUCUGAAAGCUCUUGUUGAAGAGAAUGAAGCACUAAAGACAGAUAAGAUGGUAGCUGAGAAAGAGCUGCUAGAUUACAGACUGACCACUGUAAAAAGUGCUUUUGGAAGUGAAAAAUCUGACCAAGAUGGGGAUGACAAAACAACUCAAGAACUUAUAGACACAUUACAACGCCAGGUUGAUAGGAUGGACUUGAAGCUGAAACACAAACGUACUUCUUCCAGGGAUCUUAUGGAAUCUCUCAGUAACAAAUCUAACGGAUCAUUCACUGUCAUAGAUGAGAGCCGUUAUGUGGCAUUCACAAAACAUGAAGGGAAUGGGCAAGAGGAACCGUACGACCAUAUCAAAGAUUCUGCGUUCUUCUACGAUGUUACAGAACAGUUCAAAAAGCAGAUGUUGCUAGAUACACUUGCUUGUAAAAAAUGUGAAGUCUCAACUAUUUCAAAGGCAUUAAUACCUGAGAAGAUUAAGAAGGCCUACAGGGACAAAGUUCAGAGUCUGAAAGACCCGCUAAUGGUGCUUGAUUUAUAUUUCUGUGGUACCCUCGAGCAUCCGGAUAGAAUAAAAGAGAUUCUCAAAGGAGGCUUUUCAGAAAGAGAUUUUACAUGCGGUGAUUAUGGGAAAGGAUUGUAUUUCUCAAAAUACCCUUUUAAGGCUGCUCAAUUUUCCAAGCUUGGAAACCUUUUGAAGGUUGAGGUUGCUAUUGGUAACGUGGAAACUGUUGUCAAGGCUGACAGAACAAGAAGUGUGCCAUCUGCUGGAUUUGACAGCAUCAUUACGCCAGGUCGUUUAACACAUUUGUUGGGCCAAGGUGAUGCCUCAAUGAAUCAAGAGUAUGUUGUGUUUGAUGCCAGUCAAGUACUUCCUUUGUGUUUACUUACAUAUGAAACAAGUUAAUGUGGAAUAAUGUUCUCUUUUGGUCAACAUAUGUUGCAAGAUUUAGUGGACAAUACCUUUUACCAAGCCAUGGUUUCAAUGCUAUGUAUCAAGCAGUUCUUCAGAUUACAAUCAAGUCAGUGACAUUAGUUGUAUUUUCAGAUAUUUCUUAGAGACAAGAUAUAUCUAAAUUAUUUAUUGGAACUGAUAUAUUUUUGUUAGUCAAUUCUGUAGAAAAAAAAUACAAAGGAGUUAAUGUCUAGCCUUAGCAUAAUAUGUUAUACAGGAACAGUUUAUUUAGAUAUUAUAAGUCAAUAAUUUAUCUAUUAUCAAUAGAAACUCUGGUUUUAUUUUUUUCCCUUUUUUGUUUACAUGUCUGUGUACCAUUUCCUAUCCUUUGUUAAGAGAAGAAUCUUCCUUUUUACAAUAAUCUCUCUCAGUAAUGAUCUGCUUUAUUCGAUUUUUUCUGUAACAGUACAUUUGUACUUUGAUAUCAAUUUAUUGAGGUAGAUAAACUACCUUGCAUAAUCUCAUAGCUGCAUUUGACAAAACAAUCUUUAUUAAAGUCUCUGUUAGUAUUAUGAAGAUUAUAACUACAGAGGGACAGACAAGUAUUUUGGGGUUAGAAAAGGCAGGAAUGACAAACGGUCAAGGAAACCUUUAUGGAGCUGUUCAACAAAGAAGGGCAGUCUGGUCAAUAUUUGGACACAGAUAAUACAUGUUUCAGCUGGCCCACUAUCAAGCACAUUUUCACUAACUUUGCAUGGGUGAUCUGGCAUCUAGCCAUUAGGUCUGAGUUUGAGUGUGGUAACAGUAGUACUAGAAGUGUUACUAGUUCAUAUGUAAUAAAGUUUAUGAGCAAAGUCAGCCAGAUUCUGCCAAAAUCACCUUUGCCUUUAAGUUCAUGUAAAGUAUGUUCCAAACAGAUUUUAGAGAGGGACUCCUUCCCAGUAACUUCUCCCUUGGUUUGUGGAGGAUAUAGUCUUUAUACAAAGAUUUGAUCUGAAAAGUAGACAAGGAAGAAAUACAAGUUGUUUGGUUGUACUUUAUUACAAUUUUUAUGUUUGCAUUUUUGUGCUAAAUAUAGAGUACCUAGAAACUGUAUUUUUAUUCAUGGGGGGCAGAUUAUAUUUUUAAUCAGGUCAUACACUAACCAUGACUUACCUUUGUCUCUUCUAAGUUUUUGUUUGUUUUUCUUUCCUAUACUUCAUUAGAUUUUUGUUUGAUAUUUGUUGUAUUUGAAUGGAGAGUUUUUUUCAAGGCUGGCAGUUUUUGUCAAGUAUUUUUAAAAGCUUUGAUAGAAGACAAAGUUUUAAGUUUUUUAACUGGUGUCUCUCAAGGUGAAAUGAGUAUUAACAGACACUAUAAAUGUCUUUCCAUUUUGGUGAAUUAAUUAAUGUUUACAGUACAACGAAUAUAAUUAUGUCAUUUUAUUGCUGUUUGCUCUAGCGAUUACAUUGUAUACAAACGAGGAAAAAGUAAAAUUAUUGCAUCAGUAUAAUUAUAUAUCUCUGUUUGCAUUUUAGAAAAUUUAUGACUUGGCUGGUAAAAUUUUGACUACCGCAGUUUCUUUAACCUUUAGCCUACGGGCGGCAAGUGAUUUUGCCUUUGCGACCAGCGCAGACCAAGAUCAGCCUGCACAUCCCAUGGUCUGCACUGCUCGCUAUUCAAUCAGUAAAUUUUCAGUGAACACCCCUUUGAAUAAUUAGUGUUGCAGCCCAAAUCGAAUGAUGGACCAGUCCAUUAUAGAAAUUUAGCAGGGUAAAGGUUAAACCAUAUCCUAUCAUUUACCAUAAAAGUGUUUAUUCAAGAUAACACAUUUAUUAGGGUGCUUUAUGUAAUGUAUUAUUUGUUGCAAUAAAUGCCAUAAUAUAACUGUACAGAUUUGUUGUAGUCUAGAUUGCUGGAAAUACAUUCCAUGCUUAUAAGUAUCAUUCCAUUUCAUGAGACAAAUGUCGAGAGUUACAUGCUUGUGACCCUGUUUGACUUCAAACAUUUUCGUUCUUACUUUAUUAAUAUGUCUGCUGUCGUCUGCUCCAUGAAUAUUUAAUACACUUCCAACAAAAAUCAUAACAAUGAAGGUCAUUAGCUGGAUUACAGUGAUAGCUUUGAGCUUACUAGUAUUUGAAUCAGUCUCGAGUUCCCCUCCAGGAAAAUCCAGUCAUGAUUUAAUAUGAGAAGGUAUGACCUUGACCCUCAGUGAUAUUUGAAUCUGUGGCCAUCUUUACCACUUAACUGAGCUUCCCAAAUUGUUUGAUUUGCCUUUAAAAUACAACAAAGAUUUGUUUUGAUUAAGGACAUUAUAGAUGAGAAUAUAUAACUGAAGUACAUGUAAUUAAGUCAUGAUAUUCCUGUGAAUAUAAGUCACUUUCAUAUGGAAAUAUAGGGAAUCAUUUUUGAUUAAUAUAAUAUUAUAAUUUAUAAGUUAUAAAAUAAGAUUUGUUUGUCCAAAUGGUGGCUAGAGUUUAUCAUUUGUUUGGUUACUCAUGUACUUCUACCAUCAUGAAAUGCUAGCCCAUCACAACCAUCUUGAUACAUUAGCUCUUUUACUGGCCAGCAAGAUAAAUAAUUGUUUUUUUAAAUAACCAGAUAUUGUUCAUAGAAAGGUUUGUACCUGUAAAUCAAGUUUGUGACUGUGGCACUCUGUAUUAUCUAUAUGGCAGCUUGAUAAACAAGUGGUACUGACCAGAUUGAAUAAUGGACCAAUCCAUUUCAGAAAUUUAGCAGGGUAAAGAUUAAAUGACUUGCCAAACUAACCUAUUUAUAGUACCCCACAGUAGCUAAUAUUGAGCCAGUCAGUGUUUUGCAGAGUUUGCUGUGUUAAAAUCUAUUUAUAUUGUCUGUGUUCAGCGCUUCCUGUGGGUCUGUCAUAUUUUUUUAUUUUAUGCAAAAUAGUUUCAGUAAUUCAAACAUGUAUUUUAUUGUAACUUGUGACAACAAAGCUUUCAAUGUUCGUUUCAUUACACAUGUUAGAACAAAAAACUGUAAGAAUAUUAACAUGACACUCUUAAUGGGUGAAGGUUUAAAUGAAUUAGUUUUUUAUUUAUUAUAAUAGACAGUAUAUGUUACGUCUUAAUAUUUUAUCCCAGAGUUUGUAGUUUUUAAAACAAUACAAUGUUACAAUUUUGCAUGUUUAGUAUGGAUUGUGUCAACUCAAUCUGUGUAUUCAUAGAUGACUUAAAUGUAUGAAAAUAAAGAGCAGAUGAUUUUAGUAUACACAUUUUCUUACUUUGAGAGUGUUUUUGUCUGAUUUUUUUUCUGUUAACCUAAGGAAUAUGUUUUUUUUUUUUUUUUUUUUUCAAAAACAUUCAGAUGAGCAGUUCUUUUUUAAUAAAUUUUUCCUCAAUUUCUACAGAUUUCUAGGCAGUCUAUAAAUUCUUUAUAAAUGGUUUUGAUAGGAUUGGUGACGCAAAAUACAGUUAAAAGUUUUGAAACAAGUGACAGUAUAAGGAUAGGCAUAAUUGAUUAUAGAACCUGUUUAUGAAUAUGAAAUAUUAAACUGCAUCAAUUUUGAAAGUUUUAUUAGACUGUAUGUAUCUAAUAAUAAUCUUUUUUGAUACAUUGAAAAGAGUUUUUUAGCUGCUGUAAACAAUACCGGUACCUAUUGCAAAUAUCACAGUGAAAGCUUUUAAUAUUGAUUCUUGAAUAACUUUAUUGAUUCUUGAAUAAUUUUGUUGUCAAAUCCUCACCUAGUUUUAAAACUUUUGUUUAGGGUUAUUAAGGUAAAAAUUUGAGAAUUGUAGAAAAAGGUAAAGUUUCUUGUUUAACGUGGGUAGUGGACGAAAGUUCCCACCUGGAAUGGAUGGAAGAACUUAUUUCCAGUCGAGCCCUCAGCAGAUGUCAUAUUUAUGUCUAGGCGUGUAAUGUUGAGAACAAUACCAGUAAGUAAAUCACCCAGGAUUGAACGCUAGUCUGGAAUUGAACCAAACACUAGUCGGGUAUCGAACUCCAAUAAAUUGUGUUAUUAAGUCCAACUUGCUAACCACUGCGCUGCUGACUCUAGAGAAAUUUUGUUAAUUUAUCACUGUUUUGUUGAGAAAGAAAUGCCUUUCCGUCCAUUUAUAUGAUCUGCUGAAUUGAGAUGAUAUUAAUCUAGUACAAUGAUAAUUAUAUACAUGUAGUCACAAUUUUUAUAUACAUGUAGUCAGAAUGUUCACAUUUUUUUUGUUGUCUUAGAGAAGGGGAUAACUGCAUUUGUCAGGUAGAUCUGUACACUAUUUACGUAUCUUGUAAGAAUUUAUUUUCGAUAUAUUCAGAUUUUGCACUAUAUUUAACAGCAAAUAAUUGUACUGUUUUUAGUCGUAUUAAGGUAGUUCUGCACAUUUGAUAAACUGGAAGUGAUGGCGUGAUGUCAUUUAUCCAUAUAACGUAGAAUAAAGCCAGGAUGUGAAAUAUGGAAAUGAAAAUCAUUUUAUGAACUAAUGACAGCCCAUGAGUGAAUUCAUUAAAGCAGCAACAUAACUAUCUUCUUAAAUAUAAAGUAUGAUAUUAAAAAGUUUGACAUGUUAAAUAAGUCCUAAUUAUGUCUUAAAAUCAGCUUGAAAUGUGAGGACAAGCAAACGGACCUAUACAUUUUAUUUCAGCAUAUUUUAGACCAUAUGUUUAUUUACAGCUGUGAGAAGUUUCAUUAAAAUCUACAUUUUAAAAACAAUAAUAAACUCAAAAAUGUUAUCAAAAUUGUGAUUUUCCCAGAGAUUUCUGUUACGAAAACUUGUGUAAGGUUAAUAUUCCUGAAAUCUGUCUAGCAAAAAAACAAGCACACAACCCAAUGUUUUUUAUUAGCUCACCUGUCACAAAGUGACAAGGUGAGCUUUUGUGAUCGCGCGGUGUCCGUUGUCCGUCGUCCGUCCGUGCGUACGUGCGUCCGUGCGUCCGUAAACUUUUGCUUGUGACCACUCUAGAGGUCACAUUUUUCAUGGGAUCUUUAUGAAAGUUGGUCAGAAUGUUCAUCUUGAUGAUAUCUAGGUCAAGUUCCAAACUGGGUCACGUGCCAUCAAAAACUAGGUCAGUAGGUCUAAAAAUAGAAAAACCUUGUGACCUCUCUAGAGGCCAUAUAUUUUAAAAAAUCUUCAUGAAAAUUGGUCAGAAUGUUCACCUUGAUGAUAUCUAGGUCAAGUUCGAAACUGGGUCACGUGGGGUCAAAAACUAGGUCAGUAGGUCUAAAAAUAAAAAAACCUUGUGACCUCUCUAGAGGCCAUAUUUUUCAUGACAUCUUCAUGAAUAUUGGUCAGAAUGUUUAUCUUGAUGAUAUCUAGGUCAAGUUCGAAACUGGGUCACGUAGAGUCAAAAACUAGGUCAGUAGGUCUAAAAAUAGAAAAACCUUGUGAUCUCUCUAGAGACCAUAUUUCUCAAUGGAUCUUCAUGAAAAUUGGUCAGAAUGUUCAGCUUGAUGAUAUCUAGGUGAAGUUCGAAACUGGGUCACGUGGGGUUAAAAACUAGGUCAGUAGAUCUAAAAAUAGAAAAACCUUGUGACCUCUCUAGAGGCCAUAUUUUUCAUGAGAUCUUCAUGAAUAUUGGUCAGAAUGUUCACCUUGAUGAUAUCUAGGUCAAGUUCGAAACUGGGUCAUGUGGGGUCAAAAAUUAGGUCAGUAGAUCUAAAAAUAGAAAAACCUUGUGACCACUCUAGAGGCCAUAUUUCUCAAUGGAUUUUCAUGAAAAUUGGUCAGAAUGUUCACCUUGAUAUUAUCUAGGUCAAGUUCGAAACUGGGUCACGUGCGGUCAAAAACUAGGUCAGUAGGUCUAAAAAUAGGAAAACCUUGUGACCUCUCUAGAGGCGAUAUUUUUCAAUGGAUCUUCAUGAAAAUUGGUCAGAAUGUUUACCUUGAAGAUAUCUAGGUCAAGUUUGAAACUGGGUCAAGUGGGGUUAAAAACUAGGUCAGUAGAUCUAAAAAUAGAAAAACCUUGUGACCUCUCUAGAGGCCAUAUUUUUCAUGACAUCUUCAUGAAUAUUGGUCAGAAUGUUCAUCUUGAUGAUAUCUAAGUCAAAUUCGAAACUGGGUCACGUGGGGUCAAAAACUAGGUCAGUAGGUCUAAAAAUAGAAAAAACCUUGUGACCUCUCUAGAGGCCAUAUUUCUCAACGGAUCUUCAUGAAAAUUGGUGAGAAUGUUCAGCUUGAUGAUAUCUAGGUCAGGUUCGUAACUGGGUCAUGUGCGGUCAAAAACUUGGUCAGUAGGUCGAAAAAUAGGAAAACCUUGUGACCUCUCUAGAGGCGAUAUUUUUCAAUGGAUCUUCAUGAAAAUUGGUCAGAAUGUUUACCUUGAAGAUAUCUAGGUCAAGUUCGAAACUGGGUCAAGUGGGGUUAAAAACUAGGUCAGUAGAUCUAAAAAUAGAAAAACCUUGUGACCUCUCUAGAGGCCAUAUUUUUCAUGACAUCUUCAUGAAUAUUGGUCAGAAUGUUCAUCUUGAUGAUAUCUAGGUCACAUGUGCUCAAAAACUAGGUCACUAUGUCAAAUAAUAGAAAUAACGACGUCAUACUCAGUUGAACACUGGGUCAUUUAGGGAUAGGUGAGCGAUUCAGGACCAUCAUGGUCCUCUUGUUUGCUGUAUUUUCUAAGUAUAUUCUGAAGUUUUAAAAAAUCAGGGUUUCACCAAAUUGUACACAAAAAAAGAUCCAAAAGUGCAGAACUGCCUUAAGAAAUGUUUUAUUUCAAAUACUUAAAAGCAGUGUUAAAUGUUUAUGCAUUUUUUUGUUUGAAAAGAAGGCAGUGUUGUAUAUCUGUUAAUUUACGUUUAGUUGAAAUUUUUGACAGGUUAAUUACAGCGUUAGUAGUUCAGAAUAGAUUAAAGGCUGUUUGAAAACACUAACUUCCUGGUUGCGGAUCUAAGUGCCAGAUUCAAAGCAUAGAUAAUGAUAUUUUAUUCUAUACAAAGGUUGUUUUAACAGGAGUUAAUAAGUUAUUACAGAAUUAUUAUUAUUAAAUCUAUUAUUAAAGAUAUUGAAUGAGCAUUUCUUUCAUAUCAAAUUAUUUACAUGAGUUGAAUAUAAAAUUAAAAUGGGAGGCUGUACUAAACAUUUUAUCAAUGUAAUGUAACAAGUUCUUCAAAUUUAGUGCUGAAAAAAAAAACAACAACAGGAAAACUUGCACAUUUCAUUAACUUUGCUAAAUAUGACAAAGAGAAAGAUUUUUUUUUUACUGUAGCCAUAGAAUACAUAUUUCAAAAAUCUACAUUAUAUAUGUGUGUUUUAGCAUUUUAUAUGACACUUUUUCAUGCUCUGGCCAACCAGUCCUUUGCUAUUCUGUUAAUGUUAUGUGUUAUGCAUUUAUAGAUAAAACUGUAAUACUAAAGCUAAAUAUUAUAGUCUAUCAGAAUUUUAAAGUUUGUAGUUUUCUAAAUUUGUCAGUCACUGUUGAGGUCAUUAAGUUUUACAUGUUUCUACUUUUUGGAUCUAGGUUUCACUUUAAAAAAAAAAUGCUUUUUCCAUUUCUAACCCUAUACAUAUAUUGUAUCUUAGUUAUUCGCUGUCUGUUUAUGCCUCUAAUUGGACACAUAAAAAUACAGAGAAUGUAAAAGGUGGAAUACUACUAACACUGUUUGCCUAAUACUGAGAUCUCAUUUGGAACAGCUUCCUUCCCUUAGGUAAAUCUAGCCCCAUGUGGUUCUGGGAUGAUCUGUAUAUGAAAAGAAUUGGAACCACUGUCUUUCCCUUGCAUUGUCGUAAGUGGGUCUGAACACUUGGUUUUGAUAUAUCUCUGUAAUUCCAGCAGGUAGAAAGGUUUUGAUUCCAUACCUCAUGUUUUUAUUUUGAUGUAAAUAAGAUGUGAAAUCAAUAUAUGUAGUCCUGUUUGGCGCCAUAUAACCUAUACUGUGUUGGUGCGCCGUAAAACCCAAAUCAAAUUGGGUAAAUCUAACAAGAGUAAGAAAACAAGAAAAAAAAUUAGUUCCGCAACAAAUUUUUUUUAAGUGGUAUUAAAACAUUGUAGUUUUGAAAUACUAUUCCAGAUGCAACAUGGUUUAACGAUUACUGUUAAAUAUUAUAUUAUAAAUAUUUAUCACAGAAAGUGUAAUUAUAGAACAUGCCUUUUAGGAUUAUUUAAGUUUAUCAAAAUAUGAAGUUUGAGUUAUUGCUGUCACUGCAUAUAGAAUAGCAUUGAGCUAAGGUUGUGGACCCCUAAUGACAUUCAGCAAUUUUCGUACAGUUACGUAUUCUCUGUAUGCAGUUUCAGCAGUCCAGGCUUCUUGUUCAUAUGACCUACAUUGGCAGUCGGAGAAUGCUGAAAUAGCAUCAUACAAGUACAUAAUCAGAAGUAAACUGAGAAUUAACAUUACAGGUCCACUACCAUGAGUUAAAGACAAUUUGGAUAAUGAUGCUGAAACUGUUCUGAAAAUUAGUUAGGAUGUUUGAAUUACAUUCAUAGCCAGGCUGAAUCUGUACUAUGGUCUUAAGUUAUUUAGCUGAACUCGGUCUGAAAUGCUGAAAAUAGCUGGUUAUAUGACUAGGUAGGGCGAGAGCUGCUUGAUAUCAAGACCCCUAGUGUCUGUGCUUGAAAAUUGUGUGGUUCCUCACCAUAUCUGUUAAUGUAGUUAUUACCUGUAUUAAGACCACCCCUAAAUUAAGACCACCAUGCUCCAAAGACAACUUUUUUUCCAAAACAGAUUUUCUAUAUUCCUCAUUGCUGGAGACUCCUUCAUACUUAAUUGAAGUACAUUAUAACACUUGCUAUUUUUUUCUUAAUUUGAGCCGUGCCAUGAGAAAACCAACAUAGUGGCUUUGCAACCAGCAUGCAUCCAGACCAGCCUGCGCAUCCACGCAGUCUGGUCAGGAUCCAUGCUGUUCACUAACAGUUUCUGUAAUUCUUAUAGACUUUGAAAGUGAACAGCAUGGAUCCUGACCAGACUGUGUGGAUGUGCAGGCUGGUCUGGAUCCAUGCUGGUCGCAAAGCCACUAUGUUGAUUUUCUCAUGGCACGGCUCAUUUAUCAGUUUAAUUGCUCAGAGUUGUAUAGUUAACCUCAAUAGAAUUGUUGUUCAUUAUAUAUUGAAGAUAAAUUUUAUUUGAAGAGAAACAUUUAAUUGUGAUAUUUAAUAGUGUCUUAUAGCGACUCUUGUAUCACAUAGAUUUAUUUUUAUUACCAUAUUUAUUUUAAAUUGUUAUGUGACAGAGCCAUUGUAUUUACAUUGUGUGAUUUUCUGUGACUGAAUAAACCAGAACAUAUUUAAGA